UGCAGUCAUUUUUCGAUUGAACAGCGAAAUUUUCCAUCAUGUCGGGAGAUUUUUAGAUUUUUUUCUAAUUUUCCAUCUUAAUUUUUAUUUACAACGUUUUCCGUAAACGAAUAAACGAUUAUCGAAUGGCAACGGACUGGCGGGGCUAAAUGGGCCUCAACGGCGGCAUGGAGGCCGACGAAGAGGAGAAGAAGAAGAAGAUCGACGAGGAUGUCAUGGUGUUCCUGAGGAAGCACAGCGAGACUGACGCCCCGAAGUAUGCCGCGCGGCUCAAGACGUACGUGGACUUGCAGCACAAGCGGCGCCGGGCCGCAGCGGCGAGGAGGCACUCGGAACAGAUGCUCCACGCAGCAGCAGCGCGGAAGAGGAACGAGUUGGAGCAGAACAAAACGAUGGAGACGACGGAACAUCGCGGGGAGGAAGACGAGCGGGCUGUGGGGAAACGGCGCGGGGACAAGUUGAAUAACCGGUCGUUCUCGCGGUCGCGGUCUGGCGAGCCGUCGGACAGAUGCGGGCGACGCAGGCGCAAGCGCCGCCGCCGGAGCUGUGGCAGGCGCAGACGCCGCCGCCGUCGCAGCAGACGACGCCGCCGACGCCGUAGAAGCUGCGGGAGACGCCGCCGCCGACGCCGCCGCCGCAGCUGCAGCCGCCGCCGUCGCCGCCGCAGCUGCCGCCGUCGCAGAAAGAAGCGUCGUCGCCGCCGUUGCUAACUUCAUACCAAUCUAGAUUUUUUAGGUCCGUUUAUCUUAUCGUGUAUUGUCGCGGCCACAACUUUUAAAAUUCAGGGGUGUGAUGUCAUUUUGUAUGUGUUUACUGAUUUUUGAAUA